UCCCCCAGCGUUAACUCUCCGAGGCUGGCCACGAAUACGCUGGGCAGGGGAGCGAUGACCUCAGCCCCUCUCGACCAAUUAGAAAAGCCUCGUUGCUUGACCAAUGGGUCCAGCUCCUCGGCUGCCGAAGCGAGGACGCCCGAAGCUGGAGAAGACUCUGACCAAUGAGGAGUGGCAGCAGCAAGACGGACUGGCAGGCUAGCCUAAGGGGUCGGAGAGGCCUGGCAGGCGGCAGCCAAUGAGGGCGAGGAUCAGCGGAGGGGGGUGUGGCGGACCGCCGAAUAGGGGAGCGGGCGUUUGAGGUUGCAGGUGUCGGCGUCGGCGUCCGACAGCGAUGGAGCCUCCCCGGGGAGCUGCUGCAGCCGCCGUCUGUAGUCCCUCGCUCUGGCUCCGUGGCCUCGGCCUCCUCCUCCUGCUGCCCGCAGUCCCCGCCAGCCUCGGCCGGGACCUACUGGACGCUCCGCCGCCAGCGGCGGCCGGAAUUCGGACUGCACUGCUGGCUGACCGGCCGGGCCCCUCGCUGAGGAGCCGGCUGUGGGGAACAGAAGUCGGCCUCGGCCAGCGACGGCGGCGGAGCCCGAACGGAGAGGACGAGGGCUGCAGCCCGCUUCAGGGUUUCGAGGCCAGUCUGGUUAACAACACGCACCAGCAUGUGUUUGAUGAUCUUAGUGGCUCAGUAUCUCUCUCAUGGGUUGGAGACAGCACUGGGGUCAUUCUAGUCUUGACUACAUUCCAUGUACCACUGGUAAUCAUGACUUUUGGGCAGUCUAAGCUUUAUCGAAGUGAGGAUUAUGGAAAGAACUUUAAGGAUAUCACGAAUCUCAUCAAUAACACUUUCAUUCGGACAGAAUUUGGAAUGGCUAUUGGACCUGAAAACUCUGGGAAGGUGAUUUUGACAGGGGACGUGUCUGGAGGAAGUCAUGGAGGAAGAAUUUUUAGGUCAUCUGAUUUUGCAAAGAAUUUUAUUCAGACAGAUCUGCCUUUUCACCCUCUGACUCAGAUGACCUAUAACCCCCAGAAUUCUGAUUACCUUUUGGUUGUCAGCUCAGAAAAUGGCCUGUGGGUGUCGAGGAACUUUGGGGGAAAAUGGGAAGAAAUCCACAAAGCAGUAUGUUUGGCCAAGUGGGGAUCACAAAACACCAUCUUCUUCACUACCUAUGUGAAUGGCUCCUGCAAAGCUGACCUUGGAGUAUUGGAAUUAAGAAGAACCUCUGACUUUGGCAAAAGCAUCAAGACCAUUGGAGUAAAAAUCUAUUCUUUUGGCUUGGGAGGACGAUUCCUCUUUGCUUCAGUGAUGGCUGAUAAAGGUGCUACAAGAAGGAUUCAUGUGUCUGUAGAUGAAGGAGAGACCUGGAGUAUGGCCCAGCUCCCUUCUGUGGGACAAGAACAGUUCUAUUCUAUUUUAGCAGCUAAUGAUGAUAUGGUGUUCAUGCAUGUUGAUGAACCUGGGGAUACUGGAUUUGGCACAAUCUAUACCUCAGAUGAUCGAGGUAUUGUUUAUUCAAAAUCACUGGAGCGACAUCUUUAUACUACAACAGGAGGGGACACAGACUUCACUAAUGUGACUUCUCUUCGAGGGGUUUACAUGACCAGUGUCCUCUCUGAAGAUAGUUCUAUCCAAUCCAUGAUUACUUUUGACCAAGGAGGAAGGUGGAAGCUCCUGAGGAAACCUGAAAACAGCAAGUGUGACUCAACAGCUAAAAAUAAAGAGGAGUGCAGCCUUCACAUCCAUGCCUCCUACAGUAUUUCCCAGAAGCUGAAUGUUCCAAUGGCGCCCCUCUCAGAACCUAAUGCUGUUGGCAUAGUCAUCGCUCAUGGUAGCGUGGGAGACGCCAUCUCAGUGAUGAGUCCAGACGUUUACAUUACCGAUGAUGGGGGCUACUCCUGGACAAAGAUGCUAGAAGGACCUCACUAUUACACCAUCCUGGAUUCGGGGGGCCUUAUCGUGGCCAUUGAGCACAGCGGCCGUCCUAUCAAUGUGAUUAAGUUUUCCACGGAUGAAGGACAGUGCUGGAACAUAUACACAUUUUCCAAGGAACCCAUUUAUUUUACUGGCCUGGCAUCAGAGCCAGGAGCUAAAUCCAUGAAUAUCAGCAUUUGGGGUUUCACAGAAUCUUUCUUAUCCCGGAAAUGGGUCUCCUACACCAUCGAUUUUAAAGACAUCCUUGUCAGGAACUGUGAAGAGAAGGACUAUACCAUAUGGUUGGCUCACUCCACGGACCCUGGAGACCAUGAUGAUGGUUGUAUACUGGGCUACAAAGAAGAGUACCUUCGCCUUCGAAAGUCUUCAGUCUGUCAUAAUGGUCGAGACUAUGUGGUGACCAAGCAGCCGUCCGUCUGCACCUGUACCCUAGAGGAUUUCCUCUGUGAUUUUGGCUACUUCCGUCCAGAAAAUGAUUCCAAGUGUGUGGAACAACCCGAGCUGAAGGGCCAUGACCUAGAGUUCUGUCUGUAUGGGAAAGAAGAACAUUUGACAACAAAAGGGUACCGGAAAAUUCCUGGAGACAAAUGCCAAGGGGGGAUGAGUCCAGACCGAGAGGAAAAGGACUUGAAAAAAAAGUGUACAAGCAGUUAUUUGAGUCCAGAUAAGCAGAAGUCUUCAUCAAAUUCCACUCCAAUUAUCCUGGCCAUUGUGGGACUGAUGCUGAUCACAAUCAUAGCUGGAGUUCUCAUUGUAAAGAAAUAUGUCUGUGGAGGCAGGUUUUUGGUGCAUAGAUAUUCAAUUCUACAGCAGCACGCAGAGGCGAAUGGUGUUGAUGGAGUAGACACUUUGGACUCAGCCUCCCAUCACAAUAAAAAUAGUUACCACGAUGACUCGGAUGAGGACCUUCUAGAAUAGUCGUUUGAAGGAGUUGGGACAAACAGGCUUGAGUGUUGGUGGUGAACCUGCAUUGCUUCUCAUGAUGCCUGUUCUCUGAUCUGGGGAAUGUCUUCCCAGGAUGAGGUACCCAGCUCCAUUUUGUGCUGCUUCCAGUCAGACCCAAAGGACCUUCACAACAGAAAUGCAAGAUGGGGGAUGUGAAAUCCUAAGACUCUUCAGGAUUCAAUGCCUCUGAGAAGAGAAGUUCUUAAAUAAUUUCUUUUUAUUUUAAUUUGUGCUUCUGCUGAAUGUGGUAGGGAUUUUUUCCAAAAGGGAAAUGAAAUGGAAUUUGAAGGGAAUGAUUCACUAAUGCUAUUAUUGCUAUAUUUUUACAUGGUGCCUACCCCAGGGUAGCUGUCAGCUGUAGCAUAAACUCUCACAUUGGGUUCCAUGCUGUCAAUGCAAGAAUGAGGAUGGAGGCUGCAAAGACUGCUGUAGGCCCAACAAGUCUUCUCCAUCUGGGGACAACACACAACUCCCCCAGUAUUUUCCAGGUUUCCCCCCCCCCCCAUUUUCAUCAGGCAGUAGUAGCCUUCUUUUUUGCCCUCUGAUUUUAAACUGAGCCAUGAGCUUCUGAAGUACUAAGUCAGGAACACUUAAAAAGGGAAUAUUCUUAAUGGGGGAUGGGGUGGGUCAGGGAGGGGGAGGGGUAAUGGGGACUGUGUUAGCUUUAGAAACAAGUACAGAAGGAAUGAUUGCUCCUUUUGAGGCAUUUCUCAGACAUGCUUUGUGUAUGCGUGUACUAAUGGUCUUGCUGCAGAGUAUGUACUUGAUAUGGAUGCUUGAUGAGGUCAGAUGAUUUCUUCAAGAGCUAAUUUUUUGAGUGAGCAAGCAGUGCAACCUCUAUAUAUAGGGCUAGGCAUUGCUGUAUUCCAUUUCUUUCAUUUUGGGGCCCUCUGGUACCUCACUGAACCAUUCAAUUGAAUUAUGAAACCAGAUGCCUAUUUUUGCUUCUUUCAAGUUGCUAUUCUCUCUCCUUUAAGUUAGGACCAAGAUUUUCAAAGCUACAGGCUUUCUCUCUCUCCCCCCCCCCCCACUUCCUGGAUUCCCUUCCUCAUCUCUGUUCCUAUUCUGCCAAGCAUUUUGUUAGCUCAAAGGUUUGGCUCUAUUACCUUGCCCAUUUGGUGCCAUGCUGCUUUGAAAACACAUCUUCCAGACAGACAGACUCAAUAUGUGUGAUACAUUUAAAAAUUGGGGGGGGGUACCUUUCAUUUGACAUUUUUCCUUUACAAAAUGAAUAUGGAAUUAGGAGUGUAUUUUAUGUUCUCAUGUAGUCAACUUACAAGCAUUAGUUAUACAAGCUGUACAUGAAUGCAGCACAGUCAGUUCAGUUCAUGUAUACCGUACUGGUCAUGGUUUCCCAGAUUUCUGAAUUCCCCCUUUAACCAUAAUUUGGGACUUUUCCGUCCUUGGAAGCUGCCAUUUUACUUCUAGGGCAGAUUGUAGUUAGGAAGUCAGUGAAGAUUAAAUGUGCCAAAUUAACUUUUGUUGACAUGAAUGAACAGAUGGCUAAGUUCUCCAUCCCCGGCAUGUAUUAACAACAGCAGGGGAAGUAGGGAAGAAAAAAUCCAGGAGACUUUGCAACUGCAGUAAAUUAAAUGAGUCAGAAUUGUGUAGGGAGAAGAUAAGGCAGAAAGUUACCAGUUUGUAUAAAGGGAGCCAGCACAUGUUACGGCUAGGGAGCACCAGGCUUUUAGAAUGAAGAGGGUUUUUACAUAAUUUUAACUCUUAAAUCAUUCUGAAAAUACAUCAGAUCACAAGUUAACGAUGUUUUCAGCAAUUCAUCUCUUUCCUUCUCCUGCUCAAAACUAAUUUGAUGCUCAGAAAAGACAUAUCACAUCCGCAUCUCCCCAUCACAUGUUAAAUUAGGAACUGACAUUAUCUUCCUUUUAGUAUAGAUGAAAAUACACAGAACUACAAGAAGUCUGUAAGAUAGAAAAGUAAUAUUUUGACUAGACUACUUGCAUUUAGAUAUGCAGAGCACUUCUGAAUACAUCCAUGUUUUAAACUUUACAUUCCUGAAAUAUGUACGCCUGGGAUUAUUCCCAUUUUAGAGGUAAUAAAAUUACCUUUAGAUAGAGAGAAGGGACUUGGCCAGGGUUACACAGCAGUUAUUAGAGGCAGAACUUGUAGUCUUUUUCUAAAAAAAUCUUUACCUUCUGCCUUAGUAGCACUUCUAAGGCAGAAGAAUGGCAAAGGCUAGGCAAUCAGGAUUAAGUGAUUUACCCAAGUGACACAGCUAGGACAUGUCUGAAACAAGAUUUGAACCCAGGAGAUCCUGAUUCCAGGCCUAAUGCCCUAUCCACUGUACUACCUAGCUGCCCCUUUGUUGCAGUCAUCUUAAAAUAGCCAUGGACCUUUUACUUGUUUUAGCUGUAGCUCCAAGUGACUCUGGGUCUGCAGAAAAAUAGUUUAAUUAUAUUUCUUUUUAUGCCUGUAAGUAGAGGAUAAUCCAAUGGUAGAACUCCUACUUAUUUCCCCUAUUUUAUUUCUCUGACUUGUUAGCAAGGUUGGUUGGAGGACAGUGUUGGUGAAACCUAGAAGUCAUGGAUUCAUUUCAUUUAACUUUUGUUCUGCAUUUACAGGCUUCAUUCAAACCCCAUCCAGCUGUUUUACAGAUGUAUCCUAAUGAAGGAGAGAGUAGGUACAUGAGCAGAAAAUUCUAUUACUACCACUAGGAUAAAAAGAAACUUGAAAUGUAUGACCUCUCGAUGCUGGGGCGGUAGCAUUAUUUUUUAAUAUGAAGGGAUAAGACAUUAUUUCCCUUCCUGAACGUUAUGGUAGCAGAAGUUGUGAUUUCUGGAACUUUCAUCAGUAGCAUUCAUUGAAGUGAAGAUAUUUUGGAAGUGUAUAGAACCAACCCUUGGAUAAAGUGGGCCCUUAUAUCUCAGUGGAAAAGUCCCCCUCCCCCUCAAGCUGGACGAAUGCUGAAGCUUUAAGAAGUCAUUUUAGUCCAAGAGAGCAGACUGUGCUUUGGUUCCCCUUUCUGGGGGCCAGUAUGUAGAUGGAGUCAUGGGAAAUGGGCAUUUUAGUCCUUUGGAAGGUCUCCUAGGUGACUGCAGAAAGUAUUCUGGCCAGCUAGAGCUUCCUGUAUCUCUUCAGUGUACCUCUGAUUGGCCUCCAGGCCCUCAUCUUCCUAAGUUGGCAAUGAAGUGCUGCCCCGUCCUGCUCUAGACACUAGUCUGUUAACCAGUAACUUUAGGCUGGAGGCCCCCGAGAAGUACAAGAAGCCUCGUGGCUUCCCCGCUUGCCUAAUGGCAGGCUGGACUAGCCUGUCCCCAUGGAUCAUGGCCUAGAUGCUGAGGGGGUCGGGAGAGUCCAGUUUCUGUCUCCUGUCAUGAGAACCUGACAGAGUAAUGAAUUGGGCUGCUUCAUUGAAUCUCCUGACCCCCACCAGCACCUCCUCUCUUCAGUCUAGCAAGCAAACAUGUGCUUAAACUGUUUUUUAAUAGAACCAAAGGUAAGGUUUGCUGCAUCUGGCAGCACUCACGUGGCUUACAGGCCCCUCCACCCUUUGUGUCUCCCCUCGCCAGCCCUGACACAGCGGAUUGAUAGCCAUCCCUACAAGGGCUCCAGGGCUGUCUUCCCCGUGGAGGAGACCUGUCACAACAGGAUCUUCUUGAUUUCAUUUAAAAUGAAACUGUCAGAAUUGAGAUACUAACUCGGAAUGACCCACAACAGCGUUCUAUGUGAAUUUUUUUGAACUGGUCCAUUCUUAAGGGUCCUUGUUUAUAUACAUGCAUCAUGAAGCUAAUCUGUACCUUUUAUAAAUAUAUGUGUAUAUAUAUGUAUAUAUAUAUACAUAUAAAAACUGUAUAUUCUACAUAAUGAUUUAUUGAUGUGCCCCAGAACUUUCUUGAAACUUCCAUCCUCGGUUUUCUAUCUGGUGACAUAAAUGACUCCCUGGAAAUUCAGUUCUUUUACCGUCUUUGGAAAGCUAUUGGCUAGACUUCCCUCCUGUCCUAGUGGACAUCCUAUGUCUGAUGUCCAUGCCUGUUCCUUGGCCUUUCCUAAGCCAACGGUCCCAGUGCUUCCCCAAUAAGAGGCAGCUGCUUUCCUAUUAAGGCAUGACGCCGUACUGGAGAUAGUGUCACUGCAUGGACUCUAGUACUAUACAUUUUCUCUUCUCUUGGCACAGCCAGUUGCAUGUAGGGCAGGAAGAGGAUGUUCCAGUGACCCAUGUCAGUUACGCAAUAAAGCCAUUACGCAUACCUCCCCCUCCUCUUCCAUACUUAGAAAAAGUCACAAAGAUUGAAACGAAACUCAAAUUUCUUUAGCAUUAUGUAAAUAAAUCUGGAUGUGUUUAACUUUGUACUGGUAUUUUUCUGUAUAUUUGGGUUAGAAAUAAAACAGAAUGGACUUUGUGUUACCCAA